AUGAAAACUGUAUCCCAGUCAUGCUUGAAGAAACUGGAAGUGUCAGACAAGAGCUUCAGUGCCUUCUUUAGGUCACCAUUCCAGCCCUCAGCCGAGCCGUUACGAAAGACUCACCGUCGCCUGAAAAUCACCCCUAGAAGGCGCAGGAAGGUGAGCACAGAGUCUUUGUCCCUGGAGCAGGAUGCAGACCCCAGAGCUUUCUGUCAAGGGUGUAAGGAGACAGACCAGCCCAAGUCACAAAAUAAGGGCCAAAAGAGGUCUGCUACCCUGACAGAUAAAUAUGAGCCUCAGCAGAAGAGAAGAUGUCUAGAGAAAACUGAACCUUCUGAUUCAUCUGUUGGCAACGCACAUUUGAAAGUGUACGAGGAGGGACAACUGCUGGGCAAAGGAGGAUUUGGCCGUGUGUUCGCUGGGAGACGCAAACAAGAUGGCUUGCUAGUCGCCAUCAAGUACGUCUCCAAAAAGAAAAUAAACGAACAACUGGAGAUUGCAGGAUAUGGUCAGCUGCCCAUUGAGAUCGCUUUGAUGAUCAUUGCAAACACCAAACCAACCUUCCCAAACAUCUUGCAGCUCCUGGAGUGGUAUGACGAGCCAGAAGACUACAUCAUGAUCACAGAACGGCCCGAGCCAUGUGAGGACCUGGCUGGCUUCUGCAAGAAGCACGGUGGAACAAUGACUGAGGACUUGGCUCGUAAUGUGAUCUUUCAGCUGAUGGAGGCGCUGAAGCAUUGUAAGAGCCGUGGAAUAGUGCAUCGUGAUGUCAAGCCAGAAAACAUUCUGAUUGCGACAGACACGCUUCAGGUCAAGCUGUUUGACUUUGGUUGCGGAGACCACAUCAGAGACUCUUAUGAGGAGUUUGCAGGUACAAUUCAUUAUACUCCUCCUGAGUGGUUCAAAAAUAGGCGGUAUAUGGCCGACCCAGCUACCGUCUGGUCUGUGGGUGUGACGCUGUACAGGCUGGUGUGUGGCUGUCUGCCUUUCAAAACCGUCAAGGCAAUAAAAAAUGGCCAUCUGCGCUUCAAGAGAAAUGUGUCUCAAGAAUGCAGACAGCUGAUCCGUUGGUGUUUGAGAACUGAAGCAGCAGACCGUCCAAGCCUGGAGCAGAUACAGUUACACAACUGGUUUCAUUUACCAGAGCAAGCAAUACAUCCUGCUGGAUAAGAGACAGAGACAGCUGCACUGAAGUCUGUCUGAAGC